CGACCACGUGUGUAAAUGACGCAAUAAUCUCCUCUGACAUAAUCCAAAAUGGCGGCCACCAUCGGAAGACUGCUCAGGACCUCUGCAAAUGUUGCAGUGGGAGGAUUAAAAGUCACAGCAGCGAGUCAACGUGGAGCAUCUGGAGCUGCAAGAAUCCUCACUGCUCCGUCACUCCAGAGAACCUGUUUCUCUACCAGCACUUCCAGAUGGAGCCCUGCUGUCACUCAGCCUGCUCCUGCCUUUAAGGCCACAGCUGUCCACAAUGGGGAGUUCAAGGAGAUGAGCCUGGAUGAUUUCAAGGGCAAAUACCUGGUUCUCUUCUUCUAUCCACUGGAUUUCACCUUUGUGUGUCCGACGGAGAUCAUCUCAUUCAGCGACAAGGCCAGUGAGUUCCAUGACAUAAACUGUGAGGUGGUGGGCGUGUCUGUGGACUCUCACUUCACCCACCUAGCAUGGAUCAACACGCCACGCAAGACUGGAGGCUUGGGCCACAUCCACAUCCCCCUACUGUCUGACCUCAACAAGCAGAUCUCUAGAGACUACGGGGUGCUGCUGGAGAAUCCAGGCAUUGCACUUAGGGGCCUGUUUGUCAUUGAUACAAACGGCGUGGUGAGACACAUGAGUGUGAACGACCUUCCAGUAGGUCGUUGUGUAGAAGAGACGCUACGUUUGGUUAAGGCAUUCCAGUUUGUGGAGACCCAUGGUGAGGUGUGUCCGGCCAGCUGGACCCCUGAGUCCCCAACGAUCAAACCAACCCCAGAAGGAUCCAAAGAGUACUUUGAAAAAGUCAACUGAAGAAGAAGUUCACAACUCGUACACCUAAAAAAUAUCUAAACUAUUAGUGUAUUGUUUAUACAUGUAUUUAUUCAGAUACAGUUGAAUAAAUCUAUUCUUUGUAAAUGGAAGCUCUUUGUUUGAUGGAUGUACCAGAUAGUAGUCUAUAUUGUAAGCAGGGCAUCAAAGUAACUGACCUAAAACUGUUUUAUUCAUGGCUGUUUAUUUUCCUGAUGGAUUAACUGAUUUUAAUUGACCUUCUCUUUGACAAUCUGCAUAAAGCAUACGUUGAACUGUC